CUGGUGGUCUGAAAGUUCUGCUUUCUAACUCUUUAAUAAAGUCCCAAACUUCCUCCCUCUUCAGUCUGCAGCUCGGUCACCUGGACAGUGUUUUCACUCAGUUAUCUCAGUUAUGGCAGGUCUCACAUGGAUCCUCACUUUCCUUUGUGUUACAGGAUGUUGCCAGUCUUCUGCCUCACCUGUCCUCCGCUCUGCCCGGGUGGUCCAGGUGGGUCAGAACGUCACACUGACCUGUAACCUGACGUCCAGCGCCCAGAUCACCUGGUACCUGCUGCGUUCAGACCAGUUGCUGCCUCUGCUGACAGUUAAACCGGGUAAAUUAGGAACAGACACUGUCGACUUUCAGUCUGCAAACAGCAGUCACUUCAACACCCUGGGAGAUGUGGAGAGAGGCGCAGUCAGCCUGGAGAUCAUGGAGGUGGAGGAGGACGAUGCGGGGCUGUAUUUCUGCACAGGGUUGUGUGCAGGGCUUGGAUGUGUUGGCAGAGGAAGUCUUCUGGCUGUGAACGGAGCUGAUGGGAAGUCAGCCAGAGACAAAAUGAGGCAGCCAUGUUGGGGUCUAGGAAUCUGCAUUUUCACACCUUUAUUCGUCCUCAUCUCCGUCUUCAGCUUUGGACUCUACCUGUGCUCAGGUAAACCAGCUGUUUGCUGCUGUAAUUCAGGGAGAGGUGAAUCCAGUCUGAGGAUCACAGAGGACUCAUCUUUACAAUAUUCCAGUCUGAGGCAUGCAGACAAGCCCCGCCCCCCUGGCCAAAGAGGAUUAGGAUUGGUCAAAGAGGAUGUUACAUACUCAACGGUGGCCACUCGCAAGAUCCCAGACAGAUCACGUGACCACAGAUGAAGAGGAUUUUUGUUGUUUUGGUAUCAUGUUUUUUUUAAUAGAGGUUUCAGUGAAUGAUGAGUUUCACCACCACCUGCUGGUGAGGAAGUGAAUUACAGUCUCUCAUUCUGAUUAUACCAUUUUAUAUUCUGCAUCAUAGGUUUUAAACUCCUGACCUUGAGUCUUGAGUGACGGCACAGUCCAAGCAGAGUGUCAUUUAACACCUGUGUCACAGUCACUCUGACCAAAGUGUGAAUGAGAUCAGUGAAAACCAGUGUGGAUGAUAAGUGCAUGAAUU